AUGCGUCUCAUUCAUUGGUCGUUUCUCCCCCUAAUACUGGCCCUAGUGGUCCCGCCAACAACCCCAGAUAAUCCGACCCCGGAACCCUCUCCGCCGCCCGAAAUCCCUCCUCCAAAUACAAUUAUCGAUUUUCUUUCGGCAAAUGUUGAGUACCUGUACUUCCUCCGUCAUAUCCAGCGAUUAGGGCUUGUGCCUAAAAUCAACCGAAUGCAGAACGUGACGCUCUUUGCACCCAUAAAUCUGGCAUUUGUGGACCUGGAGCUUUUCGAAGACGAUACUGCCGAUUCGGCCCUACGGUACUUUGCCGGUGAAAAGUUCCGUGUCGGUGCUGUGGACCGAAUGGUGGUGGUAUUAGAUUCUAUGUAUGUAGUGAAGAAUGGAGAGAGUGUGAAGGGGCGUCAAAGCUUGGCUGAGAAAAGAGAGAAUGCAGAAAUUGAUGAUUCUGGUAUAGAGGAUGCAGAUGGUGCUGAAGUCGUCUCAGAUAAAGAGACUCUAGGCUCAAAUGAGAAGGAUCAAGAAGAGUAUUUCGAUGCAGAAGACAUUUUCUUCGAUGAAGAUGAUGAGUUUGUCUGGGCCGAAGACGGAGAUUUUGACAUAGAAGACCAUGUACAAGAUCCUGUUUCGGAAACAACGAGUUCUUCCGAUCUCGAAAUCACGUUUAAGGACCCAAAGAAAGCAGCCCCUCUAUCUCCUAAAUACUUCCCGCUCCUGAUAUCGCACCAAAAGAAUGUCCACGACGGCCAGAAUCUUCGGAUCAACAGCGUCGCGGAAAUCGUAGAGGCAGACAAUUACGUCAAACACCAACGCUCUUAUGUUCAUGCCAUCGACAGACUCCUCCCGACAAAGCCCUCCAUGUGUGGACUUCUCAUGAGCGAGAACAUAGAGCUGAUUGAAAACCAUUCCAUCACAUUUAUAAGUGAGAUGUUUAGGCUGCUCUUUCUUCUCAAGCACCCAGUCAAGCCAGAACAGCAGAAAAUUCCUGAUGAUCCAUUUCCACACACAUGCGAUGAAUUUCUUGCAAAUGCCUCCACGCUUCUUCUUCCAACAGAUGCAUACAUCAAUUCUUCCCUUCUGGAGAUCGAGCGUAAAUACUACACUGCCAUCUUGCAUGGAUUGAACAACCCAGAGUUGUAUCCAACAAGGGAAGCCGUAUACGAGAUGAAGAAAGAUGCUUUGGCUCUACUUCUGAAGAUUCUCUUGCCAGACCAGGUGCUGGAAUAUUCUACUCGUCGCAACCACUCCUACACCUCUCUUGAUUCACUUCUCACAUACAGCAUAUCUGGAAAUUCCACCACCGGCCAAAUUUCCAUAAACAAGAAGCUUAAGAGUGUUGCUGGCUUGUCAUCAUUAGCCGUAGCUGAUGGCUUGGUCCAUGUUUUUGACGCGCCAGGUAACCUAUCUUCAUCCCAAAACCCAUCCGACUUCUUUUCUGCCUUAAACAUAGAACGAGCAGUGAUGGUGCCACGUAAGGCACUCUAUGCCAUGCAUUUCUCGCAACUCGUCAGUGAAAUCAACUUCCGGAAACUCGCAAAGUUCAUCGGCCACAAAGCUGUCAACCAAACAAUCUUGAUUGACAUGUCCGACAGGGAUGACGUCAAAGAAGAUGAUGAUAUUGAUGUGAAGGGAGACUUCGGCAUAGUGUCAUUUACGAACAGACAACAACUCCUGUAUAGGUUCUUAGAUUCGUUUGUCGACAUGAGCGCUGAGGUCAGUUUGGAGAAGCCAUCUUACCACAAAAUCUUGGAUUCCAAGUUGUGUCUGAAAAAGAGAAUCGGUUCCUGUUACAAAGUUAAAGUCUGGGGUGAGAUGAACAAAAACAACCAGGUCACUGCUUCGUUCAAUGACGAGUUUGAGGCAGGCAAACCCGUUUUGGCCGCCAACAAUAAUGCGAUCUAUUUCUCCAACAAUGAUUUCGAAGCUCCUGUGUCUUUCAAAAAAGUCAUGGCAAAACUCAUCUCGGAUGGUAGAAUCGGAAGACAUCAUGAACAUUACUCAGUCAACAAAGAUGCCUGUUUACAGACACUCAAAUUCCUAGACUCCUUCAACCUCAUUCUGCUUGACGACAAUCACCAUGGAUACACGGCUUUCCUUCCUUGUGGUGAGCUUGCUACAAAUGAACGUGCUGACAAUGCUAUACGGGAGAAUACAUGGGACCACUUGGGUCUUGUUUUGAGAUACCUUCAAUCGCAUCCAGACAAAUUCAAGAAGGUGCUAGAGGGAAUGUUUUUGCAAGAUCUUGUGUACACACAUCCCGAGAAAAUGAAACAUCCUAUUGACCGUGAAAUUAAAUUAUUGAGCGGAGACAAAAUUCAUGUCAAGCAGUCAUUCUCUGAUGCAAACAAGAAAGUUCACUUCCAAUUGAAUAACACACAACUCACUAUGGCCAUGAACUCUGAUGUAUUGUUCAACCAAGGCAUCAUCCAUAUCACUGACCAACUCAUGCUUCCAAGCAACUUUCGCAUCACUCUCAAGGAGUUGAUCGAGACAACCGAAGAGCUGGAUUUCCCAGAGACAUCCUUCUUCAAGCUCUUGGAGCGGUUUCCCGCCGUGGAAGACAAAUUGAAUCUUAAUGAGGACAAGGCAGCGUAUUCUCUUUUCGUCCCAACACCCGACCUGUUGCACUGGAAAAACAUCACCGCCAAUUACCGCCGACUCGAUCAACUCUUGCAGAUGCAUAUGAUUCCCAACAGCGAGUUGCAGCCGCUUCUUGAUUGUAUAUCUGAUCUGGCACCACACGCGCAAAUGGCUAACUACACUUUCAGGACAAACAGAACCAACGCAUUGUUUCGUUGCCAGAUUAAUCCGUCUUCCGGCAAAGCGUAUCUUACCUUUCAAAAACCCCUGAAUUCCGGUUCUUCUGUUUCCAAGGCGCAACGAGUAACGAUUCUCAGUCACGGGUGCACUGAGGGGACCAAGAAUGGAAGUUGCGUUUUCCUUAUCGACAACCCUCUUAGUCCCAGCUGGUUCGACGUUCCAGAUAAUUUCUUGUAUGUCCACAUUGGAUGGAUCAGUGUUGGUAUCGGUAUUAUCAUUGGAGUUAUCCUCUUUGGAUUCUGCACCACGACACUCGUCCUUUGUCUCUCCACUACUGGCAAAGACCGGAAACAGACCAGCCUUGCGCCCUCGCAAUCAUCUUUACGAGCACCCACGGAAUCCAGCUAUAUGCGUAUCACAUCAGAUGAGGAUGUAGACCAAAACAACUACGAUUAUGGAUAUGAAACAGACAACGAUAUGAUGGCAGAUGAAGAACAAGGUCUUCUUCCAAAGAGAAAAAAGAAAUCUCGGAAGGGCGCGUAUGGAUCGUUUUCACCAAUGGGCACACCUUCGGCUCCGCUCAUGAUUGAUCGCGAAAACCUCAAAAAAGCCUUCAACAGAGACAGAAACCUUCCGUCUCUUCAAAUUUAG